AUGCGGCCUCCCUAUUGCCUAGAGCACAAAUGUCAACGUACACGAUCAGAUGGAAGACUUUGCUUCAAUGAAGGUCAUGGUAAGCCACAAUUAUGCUUGAGGAGUGUUAGUGCCCAGUUCAUUUGGGUAGGAAUCUAGACCGAGAUACUCAAGAACCAAGAUGAAAGUCUUGGACAGAAAUCUCCAACAAAAUUUUUAAAAACCGGCUAUAUAAUUUUGCCGGCUCUCUUGGUAGAAAUGAAUGGAAAGAUCUGGAUAUUUGAUGGUGAUGAGUAUAAGCUGUCGUAUGCAUGCCAUUGAUGUCUUCAAUGAUGUGUAUGAAAAACAAAAUCCAUUUUGCCAUAGCAGAUUGUUCCACAUAGGUGUACCACAGCAUCAUUUUCCUCUGAACUUUUCCUUUGCAGUUGCCAAUAUGGUGAUCGGUGCAAAUUUCUUCACACCACUCAGCAACAACCAAAGGCAAGCACUGUUGGGUUUGGUGUUCAAAACACAUCUCCUUUCCUAAGUAUAAGUCAGCAGAGUCAACAACAAAGGCCCAAUCCUUUUGGGUUUGGAGUGCAGAGUGUAUCACAUUCCGUAGGAAGUCAUUCUCCCAGCCAGCCUCAGGUUUACUGUUGCUUACUUUCAUAAACGCUUGGUUCCUUUGGAGAUUACUUCCCCAUGUCUUUUUUCAAGCUUUAACUUGUUUUCCCUGGUACAGCCAUUCAUAAAUAAAUGGACUCGUUCCUCCUCAGCAGCUGCAAGUACCAAGCCAUCCAAACAGGCUGAUGCUCAAACACAAGGGGCUCAUCAGUGAGUACAAUGUUCAUCCUAUGGAUCUCUGUCAUAGGUUGGAUUUCUCCACAUGAGGAGAGAUUAAUGAUUGAAGGAUCACUAGCUAUUGUGAUGUUUUUUUCUGCCCUAGGUGCACUGAUCCUGAGUCAUGUAGACGCCAAAUUGUCGAGGAUUUUGAACAUGAAAGGCCACUAUGGAAGCUGACGUGCUAUAGCCACAGCAGAGGGUAAAAUUACGACUUGCUAUGUCGCUGUAUUGUUUGUUUUUUAGGUACACUUUUUUUGGCAUGAUCACCGAGCUAGGAAGUUUAUCGUGCAGGAUUUGUUAUCUUAUUUUAAGUAGGUCUAUGUGUCCAUGGUUUUCUGUGGUUAAAGAAGCUUAGCUCCCCUUCUACCUUUCAUGAACUCAUCAAUCAUGCAUGAGCCUUGUCUCUAUUUACUUAAUAAAUUUUACAUUAGCGAUUGUUUUUGCGAAAUCCUGUCCAUUCCUGUGCUUUACAAAAAGCCUUCCCAAAAUGAUAUCUUCAUUUCUUUUUUCAGAAUGCCUUCUGACAUUGUUGGUGAUGUCAGCUACGAAGAACUACGGGCAGCAGCAUAUGAAGAUGCUAGAAAAGGACUAAGUUUGCAGACAAUUGUCAGUAGCGUGGCAUAAUAUAUUUACGUUUAUCCAACGAAAGAAUAAUGCUUUUGCUUAGAUGGAUGAAAAUUUCAUUCAUUGGUUGAUACAGGUUGAAAGAGAGAGAAAUUUGCUCAAUAUCAAGUUGUUGGAGUUUGAUAAUUUGCGGCAGAAACCACAUGUGAUAUUGCAAAGCCCUAUAUCGGCCAGACCAAGCUUUCCCCCGGUCAUCAGCCACAAUGCAACAUCAGUUACUCCCCAAAGUCACACAACCCCUUUUAUCUCUAGUUUUAGUCAACCUGGGGCGUCAGCUAACAUUGGGCCGAUGACUAGGCAAGCUUUUCAUUAAUAACGAAAAUUUGGUCUAGUUUUUUCAACAAGUGAUCAAAUUGUGUGCCUGUCGUUGAGGAAACUUUUCAGGAUGUCAAAGUAUUGAUUUUGGUUUUUUGGAUUUCUUCUUAUUGUUUCAACAUUUAGUUUCAGGCCUGUGUCUCCAGGAAAUAACAAUUUUAGUCAGGCAAGCUCGUUUCAGGUUCAAAACCAAACUUCUAGCGUAUUUGGAAUGAAGUUUGGGCCGUCAGGUUUUGAUUUGUUUCAUGUUUCCUUGCGUUUCUUUCGUACUAUUUCUAAAUACUUUUAUCCUUUCAUAGUUGUAUGGUCUCAUUCUUCUCAGAUCUUUCACUUGGAACUUCACUGCCCACUCAAGCCAGCCAAUUCUCCCUCCCAGUUCAACCAAUGCAGAAUUCAAACAAUUCAACUUUCCGCUUGCCUGGUCGUCCUGAUGAUCAAACAAUUACUGGGAAUGUAGUCAGUCAACCAUUAGCAUCUGGCCCUCCAGUGUAAGUCUGCAAAAUUCAUGCACGGUUUCAGCUAUGCGACACCCUGCAAAAUAACUCAAGUCUCUUCCAAGUGCUAGAUGCAAAAUAUGAUGUUACUUAUCCCUGUUCAGUAAAUUUGACACCUUCAAUCUAAUGAAGCACAGUUAGUAGAAUUCCUAGAUAGUUUGCAAGGGUUCACUGUUGCAAAAUUAAUUUUCUUGUUUAAUUGUCAAAUUUCGUAUCUUGUGAGCCUAAUUACUUUUUUUCUGACGAACCGUGCUUCCUCUAUUGCGUGGUGUGCUUCUCAUACAUCUGUUUGUGUUUGUGGAUAGUUUGUAAAGGUUAAUUAUGGAAAAAAUAAUUUAUCCCUUUGAUGUCAAAUUCUAUAUCUUAUGACUCUAGUCACUUUUUCCCUGUUGAACACGCUUCCUCUAUUGCAUGGUGUGAUUCUCACUAAAUGCGGAUUUUUUUCAUAUUUUAUGAAAUAAUAUAAUCUCUUUUUCAAUUGCAGAGAGAGCAAACAAGAAAUCAAUGCUGAAGAUUGUGCUAUCUGGUUGAAGAAGGAAUGGGAAAUUGGAGAGGCAAGCUUUUAUAUUUUUGGAUUUCAAUGUCUUUUUCCUUGCACUUCCCAUUCAGUUUGUUUACAUCUUCUGUAGAAACUUUUAUUAUUAUUUUAGAAUUUUUAUACCUUCCCGUCUUUGGAAGAAGAGGGGGUGCUGA